AUGAGCAACGCCAGCAAUAAGAGAGCCCCAACGACGGCGACGCAGAGGCUGAAGCAGGAUUACCUGAGGAUCAAAAAGGAUCCCGUGCCUUACAUCUGUGCAGAGCCCCUCCCCUCCAACAUCCUGGAAUGGCACUACGUGGUGCGAGGGCCAGAGCUGACCCCCUAUGAAGGUGGAUAUUACCACGGAAAAUUAAUAUUCCCUCGAGAAUUCCCUUUCAAACCUCCCAGUAUUUAUAUGAUCACCCCCAAUGGAAGGUUCAAGUGCAACACCAGGUUGUGUCUGUCCAUCACGGAUUUCCACCCGGACACCUGGAACCCGGCCUGGUCGGUGUCCACCAUCCUGACAGGGCUGCUCAGCUUCAUGGUGGAGAAGGGGCCCACCCUGGGCAGCAUCGAGACCUCCGAGUUCACCAAAAGGCAGCUGGCUGCACAGAGCUUAGCAUUUAAUUUAAAAGAUAAAGUCUUCUGUGAGCUCUUCCCUGAAGUGGUGGAGGAGAUGAAGCAGAAGCAGAAAGCCCAGGAGGAGCUGAGCUCCCGGCCUCCCUCGCUGCCGCUGCCGGACGUGGUGCCGGACGGGGACGCGCACCUGGGCCACCACGGGCACGCGCUGCUGGCCGGGCAGCCGGCAGGCCCCGGGCGCGGCGCAGCGCUGCAGCAGCCCCACAGGAACCACGGACUCUUGGGGGGAGCCCUGGCGAACUUGUUUGUCAUCGUGGGCUUCGCCGCCUUCGCCUACACAGUCAAGUACGUGCUGAGGAGCAUAGCCCAGGAGUGAGGGCGUCCCCAGGACCAAAUUCCAGGGGGGUCUGGGCUCGGCGGGACUCGGCGGGGGCAACGUUUGGGGCUUUCGGCCUUGCCGGGUUGAGCUGGGGAUUUGGGUUGAGGAGUCGAAGCGUUGUUGGGGAGCCACUGCAUUUUGUUGCUUUGGUUUGUAGAGUUCUUCUCCAUCUGUGGUUUCAAAAUUGAAAAAUCUGCAGUAAAUUCUUAUUCCAUUGAGUUUUUAAUUCAGGAAAUUUGGGGGUUUUGUCCUUCUUGGGUUGUGGUGGGGUUUUGGGUUGAGGAGUCAAAGUGUUGCUGGGGAGUCCCUUUGGUUUGUAGAGUUCUCCUCCAUCUGUGGUUCUAAAUUUGGAAAAUCUUCUGUAAAUUCUUAUUCCAUUGAGUUUUUAAUUUGGAAAAUUUGGGGGUUUUGCCCUUCCUGGGCUGAGGUGGGAUUUGGGUUGAGGAGUCAAAGGGUUGUUGUGGCCCACUUUGGUUUGUAGAGUUUUCCUACAUUUGUGGUUCUAAAUUUGGAAAAUCUUCCGUAAAUUCUUAUUCCAUUGAGUUUUGAAUUGAGGAAAUUUGGGGGUUUUCCCUUCCUGGCUUGUGGUGGGGGUUUGGGUUAAGCAGGUUUUACGUCUCACUGAGAGGUCAAAGCAUUUUUGGGGAGCCCCUUUGGUUUGUAGAGUUCUCCUCCAUCUGUGGUUCUAAAUUUGAAAAAUCUUCAGUAAAGUUUUCCACUGAGUUUUGAAUUCAGGAAAUUUGGGAGUUUUGCCCUUCCCAGGUUGAGCUGGGGAUUUGGGUUGAGGAGUCGAAGCAUUGUUGGGGAGCCACUGCAUUUUAUUGCUUUGGUUUGUAGAGUUCUUCUCCAUCUGUGGUUUCAAAAUUGGAAAAUCUGCAGUAAAUUCUUAUUCCAUUGAGUUUUACAUUUAGGAAAUUCAUGGUUUUUCCCUUCCUGGGUUAAGGUGGGGUUUUGGGUUGAGGAGACAAAGCGUUGUUGUGACCCACUUUGGUUUGUAGGGUUCUCUUCCAUCUGUGGUUUCACAAUUGAAAAAUCCUCAGUAAAUUCUUAUUCCAUUGAGUUUUGAAUUGAGGGAAUUUGGGAGUUUUGCCCUUCUUGGGUUGAUGUGGGAUUUUGGGUUGAGGAGUCGAAGCGUUGUUGGGGAGCCCCUGCAUUUUGUUGCUUUGGUUCUUCCAUUCAGUUUUGAAUUCAGGAAAUUUGGGGAUUUUCCCUUCCAGGGUUGAGAUGUUUCAUUUUCAGUGCUUUGAUUUAUCAAAUUCUUCUCCGUCUGAGCUUUGAAAUUGGGAAAAUCUUCCAAUUUUGGCUCCGUUGAGCAAUUUUUACAAAUCCCCUCCCAUUCCUGCAUCUCCCUUGUGUUUUCCUUAGGGAAGAGGUGGGAAGGGAUCCAAGCAAAGAUUCCACGUGGAUUUGGGAAUUAGGGGUGGGUGAAGGUUGAUUUGAUAGAAAAUUUGGGGAUUUUAUUCCCAAUAAAUCGCCAUCCUUGUGUUCUGCUCAGUGCUGAUAAAUGGGAAAGAAAGAAUUCCAAAAUUUCCCUCAGAACUCCCACAAGCAUCACCGAGGGUUUGAUUUAUCAGGGAAAAACCAACUUUGGAAUUAGAGGGAAUUCCCACAUCCAGCCUUGGAUUCACGUUGGGGUUUUUCCUUUUGGGAGGGAAAUGAUAAAAUUUCAUUUUUGUCACAAGGGUGCCACUGGUGGGGAAAAAAAAACCAAUAAAAGUGCAGCCACCCCAUGGAGAGUGUGUCCCAAAAACUGGGGUUUGUGUCCCAAAAUUGGGGUUUGUGUCUCAAAAAUUGGGGUUUGUGUCCCAAAACUGGGGUUUGUGUCCCAAAACUGGGGUUUGUGUCUCAAAAAUUGGGGUUUGUGUCUCAAAAAUUGGGGUUUGUGUCCCAAAAAUUGGGGUUUGUGUCCCAAAAACUGGGGUUUGUGUCCCAAAAAUGGAUUUUUUUUUCCCAAAAUUGGUUUUAUCAUCCCAAAAAUGGGGGGUUUAUCCCAAAAAUGUUUUUUUGUGUCCCAAAAAGUGGUUUUAUUGUUCCAAAAAUUUGUUUUAUUGUCCCAAAAAUCAGCAUUUGGGGCUCUGGGGAUGAGGGAGCAGCACCUGGAAAGGGAGGAAUUCCAGGUUUGGAGUGGGAAUAACGAAGGAGCUCCUGCAGAGAGGCUGAGGCAGAGGUAAACCCCCAAAUUCAGUUCCAGUUGCUUCAAGUUUUCCUUCAAUUCCUGAAAAACCCCAAAUCCCAAUCCUAAAAUUCCUCUGGGAUUCAUCUGCUGAGGUAAAACCCCAAAUUUGGGUCCAUUUGCUUAAAUUUUACUUCAAUUAUUUUUAAAAAAACACAAAUUCCUCUGGAAUUCUGGAAAUAUUUUCCCCCCCAACCGCCAAAUUCCUCUAGGAAAUGUUUCCCCCACCUCAUCCACGAAAUCCCAUUCCCAAAAUUCCUCUGGAAUUCUGGAAACAUUUCCCUCCCCAGCCCCAAAUUUCACCUGGAAUUCUGCUCUGGUAAAACCUCAAAUUUGGUUCCUCUCCCUUCAAGUUUUGCUUCAAUUGUUGGAAAGAAAACCCCAAAAUUCCUCUGGAAUUCUGGAAAUAUUCCAAAUCCCAAAAUUCCCUUGGGAUUCCUCUGCUGAAACAAAAACUUCCAUUUUCUGCUGCCUUUUUGCUCCCCCUAAAAAUUGGUUUUAUUUAAACCCCAAAAUUCCAAUUCCGGUUUAUUUUGAAUUCCCUGGAUUUGGAGGAAGAUUUGAAGCAUUCCAGGUGCUGUUUGUGGGAUCCCUGUGGAUUCCAGGAGUUGGGAAUGGAAUUUUUAUUCCCCUUUUUUUUUUUUUUUUUUUUUUUUGCUGGGGGGAUUGAUUUGUGUUUUUCUGGGAAUUCAGGAUCUGAUUUUCUUCUCCCAAAAAAAAGGAGGAAAAAUGAAAUUUCAAGCUCUCCCUCAGGAUAAAAUCUGGGAAUAAAUCCUUGAUUUUCCAAGCUGCAAUUCCAUGGAUUUCUGGAAAACCAUUGGAAUUUAAAGGUUGGCAGUUUUUCCAUAAAGAUCUUGGUUUUUAAUAAAAAUUCCUGGAUUUUUGGGGAGUUCUCCUGUUUUUCCUGGAGAUUCCAAGGCCAUGGAGCGUCCCGAGGAGUGGGCGUGGCUGCGUCAUGCCGUGGUUUAUUCCUAAUAAACAUCCCUGAAACA